AUGUUACAGCAGUAUCGGCCAACGCAGUUGCUGAGUCGCAACCCCGUUAUGUUAAGCAUUAAGGGCUGUCACACAACAGUCCAAAAUAACCUUAAUUCCUUUUCCGGACACACGUUCGGCAUAACUUCCCCUAUCCCGAAACCGCGUCAUUUAACGACAAGGACAAGGACGAUGCGCCUUAGAAAACGGGCUAAGUCUUCUUAUAACGAUCCCUCUCACAACUCAGAGAGUUCUUCGACUCAAACCGACUCACAAUCUACCCUUGGCCGCAUAGACUCUAAAGAGAGACUGAAGACAGAAGUAGAAGUUUUAAAGAAACGCAGUCACCGGCCUUUCUUUGCGACGGGGAGGUUUCUUUUUCCUCUUGGAAUAGUUCUCGGUACCCUCCUUGGGUUUGCUUUCGUCGAGCCCCAAGACCUACAAGACCUACAGGCCCAAGUUGUGACUCUCGUCAAUCAGUAUGAUAUCAAUCUUCCCGAGUUCCCUGGUUUUGAUAUGUCGAGAGUGGAAGCAGAAUGGACGCGACUUCGGACAAGCAUUCCAGAAGUCUGGAAAUUUAAUAACGACGGUCGAGAAUUCCAAGUAGGAGAAGCCAUGAAAGCACGGGGUCUCAGCGCUGAGUAUCCGCUGGUCCUCAUACCUGGAAUUGUUUCCACAGGACUCGAAUCAUGGUCCACGGCUCCCGCUUAUCGUCCUUUCUUUCGGGAAAAACUAUGGGGAGGUUUUAACAUGCUAUCACAAGUCACAUUUAAUAAAGAGAAAUGGAUAGCUGCCAUGAUGCUUGAUCCUGUUACCGGCCUCGAUCCACCGGAUGCUAAAAUACGUGCGGCGGAGGGCAUUGAUGCUGCAAGUUCUUUGAUACAAGGAUAUUGGAUUUGGUCCAAAAUUGUAGAAAACUUAGCUGUGAUUAACUAUGACACCAAUAACUUGUUUCUCGCUCCGUAUGAUUGGCGAUUAUCAUAUUACAAUUUAGAAGAACGAGAUGGAUAUUUUUCAAAGUUAAAAACCACUAUUGAAAGCUUAAGACAACGACAACGAAAAAAGGUUGUAGUAGCUGCACACUCCAUGGGUUGUUCAGUGUUUCUGGUAUGGACAUUGAUGCUUAUUCUCUCUAAGUGGGUAGAGUCACCUUUGCACGGGAAUGGCGGUUCCGAUUGGGUCGAGAAACAUAUUGAGAGCCACAUAGCCAUCGCCCCAACUCACUUGGGUGUGGCUAAAGCGAUGGCAGCCUUUCUCUCUGGAGAAAUGAAGGAUACAGUCCAAAUGCAUCCAGCUGGUGCCUAUGUUCUGGAACGUUUCUUUUCACGGAAAGAGCGGCAAGCACUGUUCCGCAGCUGGGCAGGCAGCGCUAGUAUGUGGAUGAAAGGAGGAAACGACGUUUGGGGAAACGAUACUCAUGCACCAGACGACGAGUGUGAUGCAACUCACAGUCACGGACAGCUUAUAGCAUUCCGGGCAAACGCGGUCGAAAGUAAUGAUAAAAGUAUAAAUAUGACUGCUGUAGAUGCAUCCACUUGGAUUUUGGAGCACACUCCAGCAACCUUCCAGAAAAUGCUCGAGUCUAAUUACUCGUAUGGAAUAGAGAAGGAUGAAGCCCAGUUAGCAAGAAACAACUUGGAUCAUACGAAAUGGUCCAAUCCUUUAGAAAUCAGCUUGCCUUAUGCGCCGUCUAUGAAAAUAUACUGCGUGUAUGGCCAUGGAAAAGAUACCGAGAGAUCAUAUUGGUAUGCUCGAGGCCAAUAUGAGCAAGAUGAGGCAUUUCCAGAUGCCGCUAAUGCUCAAUGCGAGGAGGCCAACAUCAAUGAAUGUGAACAUAAUCACCCACCUCUAGACAUGCCUUUGUCAAGAACAAGCUGGAUAGAUGCUGCAUACACGAACGAAACCGCAUUUCCUAAGGUUCGAAACGGGGUGAAAAUGGGUGAAGGUGACGGUACUGUCAGUUUGAUAAGUCUCGGCGCCAUGUGUGUUGAGGGAUGGAAACGCAAACGCUGGAACCCAGCAGGGAUCAAGAUCACUACCGUUGAAUUACCGCACCGUCCUGUUCCAACUAUUCCCCGAGGAGGCGCAAAUACCAGUGAUCAUGUCGACGUUCUUGGGUCCACGGGGCUUAAUGAGAUUAUUCUGAAGGUAGCAGCGGGUGUUGGGGCUGAAAUCCAGGAUACCUUUGUAUCAAAUAUCCGAGAAUACUCGCAAAAAAUACAGUGGGACUAG